AUGACAGCAAAAGAACCUCAUGAGGCAGCACCUACGGCAGUGAACACAAACAACACCUGUUCGAACAACAAUCCCACUGCUGCUGCGUCCCAAGGCUCUUCAGGAAACUUGAUCUGCCGUGAUUCGACAGCGGCUAUGAACGAAAAAGUUGAUCGCAACACCGGGUGUGAGUCCACAAUUCAACCGCCAGUACUCCGCCCGCAAGUUAGUGGCGCCCCGUCUUGGGAAGAUCCGUCGACAAGAUCACAAAUUUAUAACAAUGCCGUGGAGACAUAUAUCGCCAAAGUAUGCAAGGUCCUGAUAAUGUACGGUGCCCCAACGCAUCGCUUAGAGCGUUAUGCCCACCACACAGCAGAGGCUCUAGGGCUGCAACUUCAGUCGUUCUACAUUCCUGGCUGUAUGAUGCUUUCAUUUGGCUCUCCUUCAUCCCCCCAAAGGAGCUUUCACAUCAUCCGGUGCUUACAAUCGCUUGACCUUGCCAAGCUCGGCGAUGUGCACACAGUAUACAAGGACAUAAUUCACGAGAGAACGACGAUUGAAGCCGCAUCCGUAUGCCUUGACGAAAUCCUGGAUAGACCAGCGCAGUUUCCAAUCUGGUGUCGUGUCCUAGCAUAUGGAUUGGCCUGUGCAUUUAUUGGACCGGUCUCAUACAAUGCUCAACCGUUCGAUCUCCCUAUCAUCUUCGUCGUUGGCACUAUAAUUGGCUUCUUCGAACUGGUACUCGUACCUCGUUCAGAGCUCUAUGGAUACGUUUUCGAGAUUUCGGCCUCAAUCUUAGCCUCUUUCCUCGGUCGUGUCUUUGGGUCCAUUCGCUGGGGACACAAUCAGGGCUUCUGCUUUUCCGCCAUAUCUCAAGCAUCGAUUGUCAUGAUCCUACCGGGAUUCACCAUCACUUGCAGCGCGCUCGAGUUGCAGUCGAGAAACAUGGUCUCAGGUGCCGUUCGACUGGUCUAUGCGAUUGUCUAUACCUUGUUUCUCUCUUUCGGGUUUCUAAUCGGCAUUUCCAUCUACGGUGCUAUGGACAACAACGCAUCAUCAGCCACCUCAUGCUCCACAAGCUACGGAGUUUGGUGGCCAAUAACCUUCGUGAUCCCAUUUACCUUCUGCUAUACUGUAGUCCAAAACGGCAGAUGGAGCACUAUGCCGCAGAUGUUAGGCCUUUCCAUCGCAGGCUGGGCUGUCAAUCAUUUCUCAAAUGAGAAGUUUGGAGAUGUUCAGCCACUCUCCCAAGCACUAGGAGCGCUGACGGUGGGUGUGUUGGCCAAUAUCUAUGCGAGAAUCAGGCACGGCCUCGCGAUCGCGCUUAUGCAUCCUGCAAUCUACGUUCAGGUUCCUGGGAGCCUAGCAGCCUCGGGCAGCCUAAUUAGCAGUGUGGCGAUUGCGGAUCAGAUCACUAAGAAUGUGACCAAUGCCCUCACUACUAGCCAGGCAUUAUCCACCCAGCUCGUUGCCGGGUACACCAUGGUUUCAAUUGGCAUUGCUAUAACGGUUGGGCUCUCCGUCGGGGUGCUCCUUGUCUACCCGUUGCAGAAAAAAAAGAGGAGGAGCGGUAUCUUUAGCUAUUAA